AUCCAGCUUGACUCUGGUACAGGAGCGGCCGUCUCAGCUGCAAUUUACUCUGAAUUAUCAAAACGCGGUGUAGAUGCAGAAAAAAUAAUGGGCCUUGGCACAGAUGGUGCAGCAGCAAUGACAGGGAGAGGCAAAGGUGUUACAGGUAUGAUGCUGCGAGAGACCCCACAUCUGAUUAAUGUGCACUGUAUUGCCCAUCGCCUUGCUCUUUGUACAAGUCAAGCUGCUGAAGAUAUUCCGGCAAUGAAAGUCUACUAAGAGAUUAUUACAAGCAUAUUCUACUACUUCAAGUACUCCACAUCUAGAGUUGCUAAACCAAAACAGGUUCAGGAUCUACUUGAUGCCCCCCAGCUAAAGUUUAAGGAAGUGCAUUCUGUUAGGUGGAUGUCCUUCUAUGCUGCACUUGAAGCUGUAUACUGAUUGGAACGCUGAAGUUUAUCUCGCUGACAUACAUUCUCAUGGACGUCAUUCCAAUUGUCUCCAAGCUGAAUCUCUUUUUCCAGAAGGAGUUUACUGACAUUGCUAUGGUCAAGGUACAGAUUGACCAUACUUUGAAAGACCUGGGCCAGUUGAGGGAAUAUGAAGGGACAUUCCAGCAGCAACUGAAGAAGGACAUCCAGGGCCAUACUCUGCAUUAUAAGGAGCUCACCAUCACGAGAUGCCCAGAGAAGGAUAUCAUUUCUGUGAAACAGAAAUUUAUCUCAAAUCUUAUUGCUAACAAAGAGAAAAGGUUUCCAGACACAGAACUUAUCUCAGCAUUUGGAAUACUCUCUAUGAGGCCCAUUGGAUUGAUCUCAGGUGAGGAGUUGGAGAGUUGGGGAAAUGAGCAGUUAGAUGUCAUUCUAGAUCAUUUUUGACAAUCACAGACACACACCUGGACCGAGGAGAAAGAAAAGAAAACCAAAUGUUCUCAACCUCUUGUAGACUCACAGGCAGCAAGGAGAGAGUGAAAGGAAUUAAAAGAGUAUGUCAAAGUUCAGAUGUACCCAAGAGACUCCAUAGUUACUUUGUGGAGACUAACCAAUCAGUACCACAAGGAUAUGGCUCCCAACAUCAUAAAACUUGCCUAUAUGGCCAUGAUAUGCCCAGUUAAUACAGCAGGUUGUGAAAGGGGGUUUUCUGUACAAAAUCAAAUCCUUUCUCCACAAAGAAACAGGCUUACACCUGAAACGCCGGAAAUGCUGUUGAGAGUGAAAAUAAAUGGGUCAGAAUGUGACAGUUUUGAUUAUGAGAAGGCUCUUUCUGCAUGGAAAAGCAGCACUAUCAGGAAAAUGUUUAGCUGUGACUAACUGUGUAUGUGUGACUAUGCUCAAAUGCUGCUAUAGGCUUUUUCACGAAAAAAGCCUUUCCUUGCCUGUAUACUGCUAUGUACAACAUGUAACAAACUUGAUGUACUCUACUA